GGUUACCGAUGCAAACCAAAAAGUCACCUCACACCAACUGCAUCAAUUGAGAACCCUAGCUCAAGGUCACGAUACCAGCUAACACGCUUCCAUCUCUGCUCGCCCCGCGCCAGCCGCCAAACUCGCAAUGUCUGCAGACACGCCGUACCGUGAAGAGCUUGCGCAUGCAUUGCGCGUGGUGCAUGCCGCGUCGGUCCUCACGAAGUCGGUGCUGCGGUCCCUGAAAAACAGCGUCUCAGCCGAGACGAAAGCCGACGACUCACCCGUCACCAUCGCCGACUUUGCGGCCCAAGCCCUCAUCAUCUCCGCCCUGCACGCUGUGUACCCAGCCGACGCCUUUCUUGGCGAAGAGAGCGCCGAUCAGCUCAGGAAGAAUGAAGGCCUCGCAGAACGCGUUUGGCAGCUCGUGCAACAGGCCCAAUUCAGCGACGUGCAGCAGCGCGAGAACGCUCAUGCGCGUCUGGUGUUUCCCGCCACAAAGGAGGAGAUGCUGGAUGUUAUUGACCGCGGCACUAACGCGCAGUUGAAGGGGCGCGUCUGGGUCAUGGACCCCGUGGAUGGCACCGCGACGUUUAUGACGGGGAAUCAGUAUGCAGUCUGUCUGUGUUUGCUCGUGGACGGCGUGCAGCAGGUGACUGCAAUUGGGUGCCCCAACCUACGUGUGAACCCUCAGAAUCCGGUCAAUGUCAAAGUGCAUGAGGAGCUUGUGGACGAGUCCGGCUUCGGGGUCAUCCUUUCUGCCAUCCGGGGCGAGGGCACGUCCGUCCGAACUAUGCUUAGCGACGGCCUCGGAGAGCCCUGCAAGAUCGAAGUCCGGUCAAGCACUGGCGGCAAGGAAAUCAAAGACCUAGACUUGAUCGAAAGCGCACUCGGCUCGACGUCCCUGUCACAGGCCGAGCACAAGGCUGUCGCCGAAGAAGUUGGUGCGAAGUGGCCUGGCACAGUCAUCUGGAGCCAACAGAUGAAGUAUAUUGCCCUGACGCUGGGUGCAACAGAUGUUAUGCUGCGAUUGCCUCUAGACAAGGCCAGGUACACGCAUGUCUGGGAUCAUGCUGGCGGGCAGCUUCUGUUUCAGGAAGUAGGGGGCAUCAUUCAGGACAUUGAUGGGGGAUCUAUAGAUUUCUCUCAUGGGAGGCGCAUAUUGGGCGACAACAAUUAUGGCAUGAUCGCCACGCAGCCUGGAGUCUUCGAAAAGGUGAACGAGGCUGUAAAGGCUGUGCUAGCUCGGAGGACCUAGCUUGGAAUCUGUCAUACCCAGGAUAGGUAGGCCGACGUUUUGCCUUGGGCCGUGGAUGUGGUGCAAGGCGAGCCUGAUGACUGUGUAACAGAGCCUCCCCGGCGGAUUGCACAACUCAUGCGCAUAAGACGGAAAGAAUGUGGGGUAAAGGAGCGGGACGAGCAUGUCCACGAGGAAUUGAGCCAUUUCGGCGUCGUGCAUACUCGUGACAGGCCCUCCGAUGUCAUGUCAUGCUCACCAGAUCCCAGUAGAUAUCAGCCGCAACCGAGUUGUGUAACUUGGUAAUUAGAUGAAACGCAAACAUGC